AUGGCUCUCGCAGAGACAAUAUUGAGAGCGGUCCACAAGCAUGACUUGGUACCCAAGCUCACGAGAGCGUUGCCAUGGAUCUCUUUGUUGUUCUCAUUUGCCAGUGUGAUCUGGUUAUUGAUGUUACCCAUAGAUGGAAACUAUCGAAAAUCAUACAUUUCAGAGAACGCAUUGAUGCCAGGACAAGUCACCUCAUAUUUCAGAGAAAGUGAAUGGAAUAUCGUUCGAGGGUAUCGAAAUGAGUUGAAGAUCUUUGAAGGUGCUGCAAUUGAUGAAAGAAACGCGGUGGUAGAAGGCUGGUUGAAAGAUAUUGGCUUAAAGACAGCAUAUCAUCGUUUACAUGAUCCUUCGGUUCAAGAUAAUAUGUAUGCAAUUCUACAUGCCGCUCGUGGUGACGAUACGGAAGCCAUGGUUUUGUCGGUUCCAUGGACUACUUCGGAUGGUGAGUAUAAUUUGGGUGGUGCAUCGUUGGCAGUAGCGUUAGCUCGUUACUUCAACCGAAUGUCAAUUUGGUCUAAGAACAUCAUUAUUGUUUUCAGCGAGGAUGGACAUAAAUCCUUACGGUCUUGGGUUGAGGCUUACCAUACAUCUUUGGACACCACUGCUGGGUCCAUAGAAGCUGCCAUUGUUCUUGAAUAUGGUGGUGACUCUGAUUAUUUCGAAUAUUAUGAAAUGCACUACGAAGGAUUGAAUGGUCAAUUACCCAACUUAGACUUGUUAAACACGGCUAACUUGGUGUCAUACCACGAAAAUAUCCAUAUAUCCAUCCAGCAAACUGAAGGAGAAAAGUUGACACGAAAUGAUUAUCUAACUAGGUUGAAGACCUUCUUGAAAGGAAUCGUUAGCUUAACGCUAGCUGGUAUUGUUACCCCCAGUAACGGUUGUGAGUCAUUUUCGGGCUGGCAAAUCCAAGCCUUUACCAUCAAGGUGAAAGGAACACUGGGUGGUAAUGAUAUCACCCAGAUUGGGAGAGUGGUGGACGAAACAUUUAGAUCCGUUAACAACUUGUUGGAGAAGUUUCACCAGUCUUUCUUCUUUUACUUAAUGUUAGGACCCCGAUACUUUGUGUCCAUUGGAACUUACUUACCAUCUGCAGCCUUGAUCGCUGCUAGUUUUGCAUUGUCUUCGUUGAGUUGCAUGUUAAACAGUGGGUUCACCAUUCCACAUUUCUUGCUUAACAUCUCCUCAGUCUUGAAAUUUUUUGUGAUGAUAGAACUAUCAUCCUUUUUGUUGUCGACAUUUUUGCCAUACUUGGUCAAGCAAACUACAGAUGAACUGGACAAAAUUUCUUUGGUCAACUUGAUUCUUCUUUCAAUGACUUCAUUGGUAAAUAUUAACUCAAAGUUUGCCUUUUCAAUGAUCUCGUUCUCGUUGUUCUUUAUUGCAAUGGUCAUAGUUGCCUUGUUAAUCUUGAACUUCUCAUUGGCUUUGUGUAUUGGACUUUUGGCUAUGCCCUUGCAAUUUGUUCAGCAGCUUUUAAACUCCAUAGAAGCCAAAAUCAAAGUGUUUUUAUGUUUAUUUGUAUCAAAUCCAUUCUUUGUGGUUUACAUCACUGGUGGCUUGUACUUGGAAGCCUUCGGUUAUCAAAAUGGAACAUUGAACCUUAUGACCGGUUUAUUGACCAGUUGGGAUGAUGUUCAAUGCUGGACAUGGUUUAUUGUUAUGCUUGGGUGGUUCCCUGCCUGGUUAUCCAUAGCCAUAAGCUGUGGACUUGGGGAUUUCAAGAACCAAGCCCCAGUCUCCUACAUCAAAAAAAAUCAAUAG